GCGUCCUUCUGGGCCGAGUGUUUGUCCAGCCUGCCCGCCUGGCUGGGUCUCAGCCUGUCCUCCCUUCUCUUCCUGGACAGCUGCCGGAGGCAAUCUGAAGGUGGCAGUGGCUUGCUCUGGGUCCUGAGCAGGUUUGUCCACUGAAAGCGUUUACAAAAGAAACCACUCUGCUGAGUUCCUGUCCCAGCAGGUCAUUAUUGCUGGGGGUGUUCCAGCCUCUGGGAAGGUCUGUGGAGGUGCCCAAGCACCAGCCUGCUGGGAGCAAGUCAUUUCCAGAAGCCUCUGCUACAGGUGUAGAGGUUCUUGUGAUCAGCAACGAUGCUGAAACAGAUUCUGGCGGAUAUGUUCAUAGACCCUGACCUGCUGGCAGAGCUCAGCGAAGAGCAGAAACAGAUCUUGUUCUACAAGAUGAGGGAGGAACAGAUCCGGCGGUGGAAAGAAAGAGAAGCAGCCAUGGAAAGAAAGGAGAUCUUGCCAGUGAAAUCCAGACCAAAGAAAGAGAAUGGCAAAUCUGUCCACUGGAAGCUGGGCGCUGAUAAGAAGGUGUGGGUGUGGGUGAUGGGCGAACACCAUCUAGACAAGCCCUACGAUGUGCUGUGUGAUGAGAUCCUGGCUGAGAGGGCGCAUUUGAGAGCAGUGCCGGACUCUGAGCUCAGGAAAGCCCAGUCUGUGGAAUUCACCAAUAGCUUGAGAACAAAGUCACAGAGCUGUGGUCAGCAGGCACUAGAGAAGCUGGGGCUUCAGAAUGUCACCAGGAAAGCAGUGGCAGAGGAGAUGUCAGGGCAAGGACCCAGAGCAAUGCCGACCAAGAGUGAAGACAAAGCCCAUACUAAAGAGCCCAUCAAGAAAAAGGGAGAUGGAGAAAUAAAACAAACAGAGGAUGAGAAAGCCAAGCAGAUAUACAAGAGCUGGAAAGAGGAUUCAGAAUGGCAGGCAUCUUUGAGAAAAUCCAAGGCAGCUGAUGAGAAGAGACGCUCCUUAGCCAAACAAGCACGGGAAGACUACAAGAGGCUAUCCCAAAGGGGAAGGAGUGGAGAGGGGCUGCAGAGCCCUUUGGCUGGCCCACAGAAGCCUAGAAGACCUCCUCUUCCCCCGAAACCUCAGUUCCUACACCCACUAGGAAACCCUCCAAAGUCUGUAGGGAAUCAGGGAGUGGUAAGGGCAGAGUCCAGCUCCACCCAGGAGGACAUCAUUCAAUGGUUCAAAGAGGAACAGCUGCCAUUCCGUGCAGGUUACCAGAAAAACUCAGACACCAUUGCUCCCUGGUUCCACGGGAUUCUCACACUAAAGAAAGCAAACGAACUUCUGAGCACAGGCGUGCCCGGCAGUUUUCUGAUCCGAGUCAGUGAGAAGAUCAAGGGCUAUGCCCUGUCCUACGUGUCUGAGGAGGGCUGCAAACAUUUCCUCAUAGAUGCAUCUGCCGACUCUUACAGCUUCUUGGGUGUGGACCAGCUGCAGCACGCCACCCUGGCAGAUUUGGUGGAAUAUCAUAAGGAAGAGCCCAUAACCUCCCUGGGGAAGGAACUCCUGCUGUAUCCCUGCGGUCAACAAGACGAACCACCCGACUACCUGGAGCUCUUUGAGUGACAGAGCUUACCCAGAUCAGCCUCCAGCCUCCAGCUGGGUUCUCUUCUGGACAGACACCUCUGAGGUGGACAUUUGCAUGUGAUGCCAAAAUCACUCUGUGACAGAGCCAACAGUGAACAAUAUCUGUGAGGUCUAAAGUGAAUCCUCUAUUCUGCAUAAAUGCUGGAGUUCAAUUCCAGGGGACAUGACCUCUCCCUGUCCUCAUUCUGAAAGGAAAAGGGGGAAGUGUACCCGUUUCAGCAACAUCCUAGUACAAAGGACAGGACCUUGAAGGAUAAGACCCUAAUGAUGCAUAUAAGAUAAAAUAACACGUGUAAACUGAAAUCUUUUUAUCUAUUAAGGUGUUACUUAAAACAACAACAACAACAAGUGAACUAUUUUGUGAUCACAUGCUCCGUCUUUGAUAUCCAGUCAAACGUUUCAGUCUCCUGCUUAUGUGAACUUCCAUCUUGGCUUUUAUUAUGCUGGGGAAAAAUGUCCUAACUCAGGCCUGAGAUUAUCCCCAAAAGACAACCUUUUCUGUAUGUGUUGGAGCCAGGAUUUAAGAGACAGAAAAGCAAGUCUCAAUUGGGAACUGAAAGAGAAGUUUUAGUACCUGGGGAGAGAGACUUACUAUGUACAAACAAAUACAAACACUAACUACUAGAUCCAGCACACACAGUGGCGGUAGGGACCUGCAGCAUCUUAUAGCUUGCUCCUCAUUUUGCUCUGUCUCCCUCACUUCUAUCUGUGAAUAAAUACAAAAGAUGCUGUGCAUGGUCGUGUGAGGAUUCAUGUAUUCAUGGUCCCAAGAGAAGAACAGAGCGAGUGUCUUGGACACCACCUAUUGAAGGUUGAAUUGUGUCCCACAUCAAAAAUAUACAAAGUACUGACCUCCCUGUACAGGGGUGUGACCUGAUAUGGAAAUAGGGUCUUUGCAGACAAGAUAAGUAGGGUAGGCCCUGACUCUAAUGACUGGCAUCUAGACAAGGAGAGAUGUAGAGAUAGACACAGAAAGAUGAAGGCUAAGGGACGCAGAGGAGAGUGAGUGAUGCAGCGUGAUCAGAGGCUGCCGGGAAUGGUGGAAGACAACAGGACUCAGUGGUAGAUUCUCCCUGGAACGCUAGAAGACAAAAACAUGGCCUUGUUCAUACUUGUUUGCACUGUCACCGUGGCCUUCUAGCCUUUAGAACUGUGAGGUAAUAAACGUCAAAGUCACUGGAUAUAUGGGAACUUUUUACAGCACUCUCAGAAAACUAGUCAAGAGUUUAUGUAGCCACAGAUCCCACACACAUUUCGUGGACUUGGUUCUUGUUACAGUCUGCACCCUCACUAUGAAAUAAAACUUUGAUAU